AUGAGUCAAGUUCACCAACCCUAUUUUGAUCCCGAGGCUAAGGAUGUAGCUGAAGCCACUAAAGAGGCGGUCGACGCUAGCGCCUCCGCGGUCCAGGACGCCGCUAAGGAUGCCAAAGACGGCGAGGAGCCCAAGAAGACAUGCCGUGCAUUCAUGGACACUCUGUCGGAAGAGGCCGACAAAGUCAAGGCGUGUGCCACCUCUGCGGCCAAGAAGGUUGCCAGUGAGGCAGAGCGCGCUGCCGACUCGGCCAGGGACCUGGCCAAGAAGACCGCAGACAACCUCAACGAGGAGUUCAAGGACCCUGCCGUCUCCACCACCGUGCUGUUCACUGUCUUGACCGCUUCUGCGGCCUCAACUUAUCUUUCCCAGCAGCACAAACAGGGAAACCUCACUGCUCUCCAAGUGUCUGUUGUAGUUCUUAGCACUGCUGCGAUUGCGUUUGCAGAGUACUGGGGAGUAAAGGCUUAUUUCGACCGUAAGAGCAAAUAG